AUGAAUAGUCACACCAGAAAUCAGUUUCAUCAAAGCACAUCCAAACCUCCUCCUAAACGUAAAUCUUCAAGUUUGUUUCAACAAUCAGAAGUUGAUGGUCAUUCUAAUGCAGUAAACUCACGUCGGCAAUCAGAACUUCAUGCUCAUUCUAAUGCAGUAAACUCAUGUCGGUUAACAAGAACACCUCCAACAGAUGUUACGAACGGUUUACCUACUUUCACACCAACAUGUUAUGAAUUACCAUUUUCCAGCUCCAGCUCUUCUGCAACUUUACUUGAUAAUUGUUUACCUCCACCAAUAAAAGCCAAAUGUACAGCCAGAAGAUUUAAUACAAAUGAGAUACCUAAAUUUGAUCUUGAUACCGAUGAAACAGAAUGUUUAACUGCAGUGCAAUCUAUUUUUGGCAUAUCAAAGAGCUAUCUUGAUCAUGGAGAUCCUGUAAACAAAUGUCAUAGUUGUGGGGCUUUGUUGUGGGAUGAAGAAAGAAGACGUGGAAAUCGUAACUGUAGUAAGACAAGUUAUUCCCUUUGUUGUGGUGGUGGCAAUGUGGUUCUUCCUCCAACCGAAGAUCCUCCAAGGCUUUUGUACAACUUAUAUCGCAAUAAACAUCCAAAGAGCGUCCAAUUCAUUAAUAACAUCAGGGCUUAUAAUAUGAUGUUUACGUUCACUUCAAUGUUAGGGAAGGUUGAUUCAACUAUUAACAGAGGACGAGGCCCAUAUAUAUAUAAAAUUAAAGGCAAAAAUUAUCACCUGUUAGGUGGUUUGAUGCCAACACAAGGUGACCGUCCUAAAUUUGGUCAGCUAUAUAUUUACGACACAGAGAAUGAAGUUUCUAAUAGAUCAAAUGCUAUUAGUUUAGGAGCCGCUGUAAAUGUUGAAAAUAAAAAUACUUUGGAUGCUCAGAUAAUUAAUGAUCUUAAGGAUCUUUUGGAUCAUUCCAAUCCGCUGGUUCAAACUUAUCGUAUUGCAAGAGAUCGUUUAAAUGAAACUGGUCAAAAGAAUGUGCAUAUCAGGCUUAUUGGAAGAAGACAAUCCGAUGGAAGAACACAUAACCUUCCAAUUGCUUCUGAAGUUGCUGCCAUUGUAGUUGGUGACAUCGACAAAUUAUUCGAUAAAAGGGACAUUAUCGUGGAGACUCAAACCGGCCAUUUAAAACGCAUCUCUGAACUUCACCCUUCGUAUCUUCCACUUCAGUAUCCUCUUAUUUUCCCAACAGUAGAAGAUGGUUACCGAACUGGUAUAAAACAUGGAAUGUUGCAAGACGAUGUAGAGGGUUCUAGAACUGAUGUUACUAUGAGACAAUUCUUUGCUUACAGGAUUCAAGAUAGGGAUGUCGUUUUUUCACUAUUGCUAAAUGCAAGGAGACUUUUCCAGCAAUUCUUGGUGGAUGCAUACACUAUGGUGGAGUCUGAAAGAUUAUUCUUUAUUCGUAGGCAACAGACAAAACUUCGUUAUGAUUCUUAUAAAAACAUCUCAGCUUCCAUUGCUUCAGGUAACACAGACGCAUUAAAGACCGGUCAAAGAGUUAUACUACCGUCUGCAUUUACCGGUGGUUCAAGGUAUAUGAUGCAGAAGUACUUGGAUGCCAUGGCACUCUGUAAAACAUUUGGAUAUCCGGAUUUGUUUAUAACAGUAACAUGUAAUCCAAAGUGGCCUGAGAUUGUCCGGUGUUUAAAAGCAAAGAACCUUAACGCCGAAGAUAGACCUGAUCUUCUAUGUCGAUUGUUCAAAAUAAAGCUUGAUGAUAUCAUUAAAGAUUUAAAAAAACAAACUGUUUAUACCGUCGAAUUUCAAAAGUGUGGCCUUCCUCAUGCUCAUAUAUGUCUUUUCUUGGAGUCUUCUUAUAAGUUCCCUUCCUCAGAAUCUGUUGAUCGAGUAAUAUGUGCUGAGAUUCCUGACAAAGCUGUUGACCCUGAGUUGUAUCAACUUGUGAAAGAAUUCAUGAUUCAUGGUCCAUGUGGCCUCGACAAUCCAAGCUGCCCAUGUAUGAUUGACAGUAAAUGUUCUAAAAGGUUCCCUAAACCAUUUACAGAGCAUACUUCUGUUAAUGAUGAAGGCUACCCGGUGUACAGGAGAAGAGAUACUUCACAUUUUGUCAUUAAAAGUGGAAUUCCAUUAAACAAUGGUUACGUUGUUCCUUAUAAUGGUUUUCUACUUAGAAAGUACCAGGCACAUAUUAAUGUGGAAUGGUGCAACCAGUCUGGUGCUAUCAAGUAUUUGUUUAAGUAUAUCAACAAGGGUCCUGAUAGAGUUACUAUUGCUGUUAAUAAUGACAACUCAGGUGAGGCAAAUGUUAAUGAUCAGAAUGAUCAACCAAAUGUUGACGAGAUUGAACAAUUCUAUGAUUGUAGAUAUAUAUCUGCAUGUGAGGCAGCCUGGAGAAUUUUUAAAUAUGACAUACACUAUGUGACUUACGAAGACGAUUCCGAUUUAUGUGAUGUUAUAAACAAGCCUUCUGUUGGUACAUCCAUGUUUUUGGGUUGGAUGGAACGCAACAAAAAUGAUCCAAAGGCAAGGGAACUGACCUAUGUCCAGUUUCCAAUGUUUUAUGUUUGGAAUUCUAAACACAGAAGAUGGGUAGCUAGACAGAAACGUGGAUCUGUUGGAAGAAUUCAUUAUGUCCCUCCAUCUCUAGGAGAAUGCUAUUAUCUCCGGAUUCUUCUAAAUAAAGUUAUAGGGCCAACUUCAUUUGAAGAUAUUCGUACCGUCAAUGGUCAAGUGUACCCUUCUUAUGAAGAAGCAUGUUUUGCUUUAGGUCUAUUGGAUGACGACAAAGAGUAUGUUUUGUGUAUUAAAGAAGCUAAUGCAUGGGCAUCGGGUAGAUAUGUUCGUUCGCUUUUUGUGAUGCUGUUGCUGUUUAACAGUUUAUCCAGACCAACAUCUGUAUGGUGCCAAACAUGGGAGGAUAUGUCAGAUGACAUUCUCCAUACACAAAGGAAUCGUACUAAAAACCCAGUAUUAACCCUCCAACCAGAAGAGAUUAAGAAUCAUGCAUUAGCUGACAUAGAAUGGUUGCUUAGAAACAAUGGCAGCACGUUGUCCAAUUUUCCCGACAUGCCUUCUCCUGAUCAACGAUACGUCAUUAGCUCAUCCAAUCUGUUGGUCCAUCAAGAACUUUUAUAUAACAAAGAUUUGUUACAAGAUGAGCACAGUACCCUUCUUUCCAGUCUCACAAGUAAGCAAAGGUGUGUUUAUGAAACUGUCAUCGCAGCUGUUGAGCAUCAACGUGGAGGUAAUAUUGUAUUAAACGUUGCUUCGUCUGGAAUCGCAUCCCUUUUGUUAAGUGGUGGUAGAACCGCUCACUCCAGAUUUAUCAUUCCUAUUAACGUUAACGAGGAUUCAGUCUAUUCUAUUCAACCUAACGGUGAUUUGGCACAACUUCUGAGGAUGACCAAACUUAUCAUUUCGGAUGAAGCGCCAAUGACUCACAGGCAUUGUUUUGAGGCUCUAGAUAGAAAACUUCGAGAUAUUCUUCGUUUUAAGGAUGCAUCUAACGAAGACAGGCUAUUUGGAGGAAUGGUUGUGGUUUUUGGAGGUGACUUCAGGCAAAUUCUCCCCGUCAUUCCUAAAGGAAGCAGACAUGACAUAGUGAAUGCCUCCCUGAACUCUUCUCACCUUUGGAGUCAUUGUCAAGUCCUUAAGCUUCAUGUCAAUAUGAGAUUUCAAGUUGGAUCAGGCUGUGAUAAAAAUGAAAUCAAAGAGUUUGCAGAUUGGAUAUUAAAGAUCGGUGAUGGUAAAAUCGGAGAACUAAACGAUGGAGAUGGCAUUAUUGAUAUUCCUGAAGAGUUGCUUAUUACAGACACAGUUGAUCCAAUUGGUUCUCUCAUAUCAUUCACAUACCCUGAUAUUUCAAGAAAUGUUUCUGAUCCUUCUUAUUUUCGCGAUAGAGUUAUUCUUGGCCCAACACAUGAAGUUGUAGAUACAAUCAAUGACAAAUUGCUGUCAAUGAUUCCAGGAACUGAAACCGUUUAUCUUAGUUGUGAUAGCAUUUCAGAGUGUGAAGACGUCUCGGGAAUGAAUACUGCUUUAUGGUCUCCUGAAGUACUUAACAGCCUCAAACUAUCUGGUUUACCAAACCAUAAGCUAAUACUCAAACAGAAUGCUCCGGUCAUGUUGCUCCGAAAUAUCAAUCAACCAAAUGGCUUGUGCAACGGUACUCGAUUGCAGAUUGUGAAACUUGGAAAGAAUUUAAUCGAAGCUAAGAUAAUGACUGGUACCAAUAUUGGAAACCACGUGUUCAUUCCUAGGAUGCGAUUAACUCCUUCUGACAAGAGGAUACCGUUCAAGAUAAACAGAAAGCAGUUUCCUUUAGCCCUUUGCUUUGCCAUGACUAUUAAUAAAAGUCAAGGUCAGUCUCUAUCACAUGUUAGUUUGUACUUACCACGUCUGGUUUUUACUCAUGGACAGUUAUAUGUUGUCGUUUCAAGGGUAAAGACUAAAAAAGGAUUGAAGAUAUUGAUAUGUGAUAAAGACAACAACAUUAGCUGCACUACAACUAAUGUUGUUUACAAGGAAGUUCUUCAAAAUUUGUAA